AUGAGCUCCUGGAUGAACGAUGCCGCAGUCCAGAACCACAAUGGCAACGGCUACCCCCACCUCAAUGUCAACGUCAAUGACCCGUCCGCCAUGACCAACAACAUGGCCGCUGCCGGCGUUAUCGACCCGGCCGCCUUUAUGGCCGCUGCCAAUCCCCAAGUCGCAGCUCAAUUCAACGUCAACCCGGGAAACACCAUCAAUCCCGCCCAGUUCGCGAACCCCCAGAUGCUCGCCAUGCAGAACGGCCCCAUGCGCAAUGCCUCACCUGCUUUCAACCAAGCCAUGUACCAGACGAACCCCAUCAUCCCCUCCAAGCGGCCCCGGCCAAGGGAGGAUAGUAUAGGCCAAUCGCCGCGCCAGGCCCCCGGCAUGGUUCCGACUUCACGCGCCGACACGCCCCAGCAGUCGCAGUUUCAAGGGUUUCAACAGCAGCAGCCUGGUAUGGGUCAAACACCGACAGGGCAGCCGAAUCCAUACCCCCAUCUCCAACCGAACGGCUCCGCGAAUGCGACACCCUCGCCCAUAAUGAGCAACCAGAUGCGCCCUGGCAGCGUACCCCAGCGAGUGGCCACAGCCUCACCACAUCCCUUCUCGCCCGCCGCGCAACAGUUCCCGCAGAACCCCCCCAUACCGUCCGAUCAUGGCGGCACGCCUCAGCCCAACUAUAUGCAGCAGAACUUCGCGCAGAACUUUAACCCCCAGUUCGCCCAAGCGCAAGCCUCAGCACGACCGAGCCCGUCACCGAACCCCAUGGCCAACCAGAUGAUGCAGCAGCAGAUGGCUGGGAUGCCGCAACAGCUACAGAUGCAAGGACAGCUACACGGUCAGAUGCCCGGGCAAAUACCAGGACAAAUGGGCGGACAGAUGGGUGGACAAAUGCCAGGGCAGAUGACAGGACAGAUGACAGGGCAGAUGGGGGGUCAAAUGGGGAGUCAAAUGGGGGGUCAAAUGGGGGGUCAAAUGGGAGGCCAAAUGGGCCAGAUUCCUGGACAGAUGGCCGGUCAGAUGCAGGGCCAAAUGCCCGGGCAGAUGCCAAGUCAGAUGGUCGGCCAGAUGCCAGGACAAAUGCCCAGCCAUAUGGCCAGCCAGAUGCAGGGUCAGAUGGUUCCCCUACAGAUGAUGUCCCAACCAAGAAACGCCAUGGAGCAGCAGCGAUACAUGCAGUACCAGAUGCAACUUCAACGACAAGCAAACAUGCAAAUGCAACAACAAAUGGCUGGCCAGAACAUGAUGCAACCACAGAAUGCGGCUCAAGCCCAGGCGCAACAUGCUCAUAUCCAACAAGCGCAAGCUGAAGCGCGAGCUCAGGCGGCGCAUCGCAACUUGAUGGCAGCCAGAGGAGGACAAAUGGCUCCCACGGGAAUGCGCCCUCAGCAGGGCAUGCCUCAACAGCAGCAGCAGCAUCCACAGCAGCAGCCCAUUGGAAGAGGAGACCCCAAUUCUUUCCUCAAGAACUUGACGGCUUUUAUGAACAGCAAGAACAUGCCAUUGGAGAUUAGCCCGGUUGUUGAAGGUCGCCCAGUCAACUUGGCUUCCCUGUUUCAGCUCGUUUACCACAAGUUUGGAGGUUAUCGCAACGUAACGCAGUCAAACGGUUGGCCGCAAAUCACACAAAUGCUUGGCUAUCCCGUCCAUCAGGUGCCCCAAGCGCCGCAACAGAUCAAGAGUGUUUACGAACGGAAUAUUGUCAAGUUCGAAGAGGCAUGGACGGCGCAACAGCGGGCUAGACAGGCCGGCGUUAUGACCAACCCGCAAAACAUGCAACAAGCUCAGCCUAUGAAGCCGAUGCCACCAGGGCAGAUGCCACCAAACCAGAUGAUGCCAGCUGGGCCACAGCCACCUAUACAACCUGGUCAGAUGCAAUCACCCAUGAAGCCCCCAGUUGCGCAACAAGCGAAUGUGAAUGGCUUUCCUGGGCCGCACCCCGGGCAACAACAAGCGAACGCCGGCCCGAUGGGCCACCCGCGAAACAGCCUCUCAAGGAGCUCACAACCUACACCAACAGCAGAAGAGUUCCCCAUGCCUUCGCCGGCUCACAGCAAGGCUGGAAGCAUGUCAAUUCCAGGAUCUGCCCACCCAGAGAACCAGCCGAUGCCAGGACAGGUAGUCGAGGCCGCACCUGGGUUUCCCAAGCCGACGCGGGAUCCAGAGAUCUACAUACCUUGUUCGAGAGAGGUUACCACAUAUGGCGGCGUGGAUCUUGGCUCGGUAGAACACUUUGCAGAACAGUUGCGGAAGUUCAAGCCAGACGUUCCCCAUCUUACGGAACUGGGGAACAUCGACGUACAUGCUCUAACCAAGAGCCUCCAAAGUGGCAUCCACGGUGAAGUGCGCCUUGCUUUGGAUGUGCUCGGGACAGUUUCAGCCACAUCACCAGAAAGCGGCAAGCAAGAUCCUCCUCAGCCGUAUCUCCCACUAGAUCUUCGACACUGCGAUGACUUGGUAGAAACAUUGAUUGAAUGCGCCGAGGAGCAAGUUGACCUGCUAGCCGAAAACUCGGAAGAAGCCUCCGACGAGAUCACCAUCACCUCCUACGAGGAUGUCGUCCGCGCCAGCCGCGUCGAGAAAUUCGCCCUUCGUAGCGUGCCCCUCUUCGGCUCGCAAGAGUACGAGCUUGACCACGCAGCCGACAGGCUAAUAGCCAUUAGCACUAUCCUGCGCAACCUCUCCUUCCUCGAGGAGAACCAGGCCUGUCUCGCCGACGAGUCCGUCAUCCGCUUCCUGUGCAACACGAUUAGGUACCUCGGCACGCGCGAGAUGUUGCUCCGCACGCAGGUCAACACUCUGGACUUUAUGAAAGACCUGGUCAUCCUGCUCUCCAACAUUACGCGCUGCGUGGAGAUCCCAGGGAGGGAACAAGCCUUCUCCUUGCUCCAGUUCCUCCUUGCCUUUGCUCCCUCGCCAGCGCCAAGCAUGUCUCCCUCACCCGACGGCAACGAUACCGACCCGGGAAUCCUCUUCUUCACACCUUACGACCCCUCAGUUCACCCAUACCUCCCACACGCAAUCGACUCGCUCGCCAAACUCUUAGCCCGCGACGAGCCGAACAGGACGUACUACAAGAACAUUUUCGCCAGCGAAUCUCCCUCACCUGGUCAAAGCUCACCAGCAGACCUGCUAAUAACCCGCACCUUCGCCCUCGCCAUCUCACCCGUCCCAGACCUUUCUGCGCCAAACACGCGCCCCGCGAAUAUUCCUUCUCUGAUCGAAGUCAGGAAGCCUUUCCUCAUGCAAGGCUUGCUAGCCGCCGACAUCCUCGCCUCCAUCACCCCCGACGGUCCCAUUGGAGCCUCCGUGGCAGGUAUCGACGCAGCCGAAAACGGACCAGCUGGCGCCAGCGGUGGCGUGAAUGUUGCCAAGGCCUGGCUCUCCUGCGGCAACGGCCUCGUGCAAAACCUCUUCCACCUCGUUCGUCAGCUCAGCAUGCAAUAUGAGUCUCAACCGGUCGGUCCCGUAAGACCCACAGGGCGCGGCGCCGCAAACCAGCAACAUAACAAGCGAGAUGCGGAUCUGGUUUACAUCGUCGGUUUGGCCGUUAGCAUGCUUAAGAAGCUGGGCGAGAAGGCUGCGAAGGAUUCUCCUUUGGGAAGUGGUAGUAGGUCUCGUUAUGGUGCGACAGUGGAUAGGAUGGAAGGGGUAGAAGGGGAUGAAAGUGAUUGGGAAAAGCAGAGGCUGGGGCAAGAUGGACUACCGGCGUGUGCGGUGUUGCCGGGCAAGGAUACGGUGCUGGGAGCGCUGCAGAUGAAUGCGGCGGAGUGGGGGAAGGAGGGCAUGUUGAAGGAUUUGGUUGCUUUUUAUGUGUUGGGAGAGUGA